AUGGGGACCUUAUUCUUCUUCAUACUCUUCCCCUUCCUCUAUUUUCUCACAAAUCAUUUGCUCAGAAAGCUACAAAAUUAUCCACCAAGUCCUCUUCUCUCCUUACCAGUAAUAGGCCAUCUGUACAUCUUUAAGAAACCACUACAUAGAACCUUGGCCAAGAUUUCAAACAAGUAUGGUCCAAUCCUCUUCCUUCAAUUCGGUUCUCGCCCCGUCCUCCUCAUAUCCUCUCCCUCUGCUGCAGAGGAAUGUCUCAACAAAAACGACAUCAUAUUCGCUAAUCGUCCUAGGUUGCUUGCUGGAAAGCACCUCGGUUACAACUAUACCACCCUUGUUUGGGCCUCAUAUGGUGACCAUUGGCGCAACCUAAGACGGAUAGCUUCCCUCGAAAUUUUGUCUACGCAUCGGAUCCAAAUGUUUUCUGAUAUACGUAGAAGUGAGGUUCAUUUACUGGUAAAAAGACUCAUCAGAGGUACUGAAGGGGGAGAAUAUCAGACAGUGGAUAUGAAAUCGUCAUUCUUUGUGAUGUUGCUGAAUAUCAUGAUGAGAAUGAUUGCUGGAAAGCGAUAUUAUCAUGAUGAUGAUGAUGAUUCUGGGAAUUUGGAAGAAGCAAGAAAGUUUAAGGGGAUUGUGACCGAGACUUUUCAAUUGAGUGGUGCAACAAAUAUUGGAGAUUUCAUUCCACUUUUGAGGUGGAUAGGAAUGGAUAAAAUUGAAAAUAGGUUGAAGAUAUUGAAGGAGAAGAGGGACAGAUUCAUGCAAGAAUUAAUUGAUGAACACAGAAGGAGUACAACAACUUAUAAGCAGAGGGAGAAGACUCUGAUUGAUAUUCUCUUGUCACUCCAAGAGACUGAACCCGAAUGUUAUAAGGAUGAAAUUAUCAGAGGCAUCAUGCAGGUGAUGUUAUCUGCUGGGACAGACACUUCAGCAGCAACAAUGGAAUGGGCAUUGUCACUUCUUCUGAACAACCCAGAGGCACUAAUGAAGGCUCAAAAUGAAAUCGACAAUUACAUAGGGAAUUCGAGACUAAUCGAGGAUUCUGAGCUCCCUCGACUUCCUUAUCUCCACGGAAUUAUCAACGAGACGCUACGUAUGUACCCCGUGGACCCCUUGAUCCCUCCACACGAGUCAUCCAACGAGUGCACGGUAGGGGGAUUUAGAGUCCCCCGAGGUACAAUGCUAUUAGUGAACAUAUGGGCUAUACAAAAUGAUCCUAACUUAUGGGAUGAGCCAAGAAAAUUUAAACCCGAAAGGUUUCUUAAUUUACCUGGCCAACGAGAUGGAUUUGUGCUGAUGCCAUUCGGGUAUGGAAGGAGAGGGUGUCCCGGUGAGAAUUUGGCAAUGCACGUCGUUGGCCUGGUGGUGGGAUCGUUGGUUCAGUGCUUCGAGUGGACUAGAGAGGGUGAAGAGCUGGUGGAUAUGAGUGAAGGUCCGGGGCUUACAAUGCCGAAGGCUAAGCCACUCUUGGUCAAAUGUAGGCCACGCCAAGGAAUGCUGAAAUUGCUUUCUCAAAUUUGA